ACAAUGCACUGCGGUAACCAUCACUUACAAAAUGGCGGCGCCCAUAGCAACAGAGGACGCUCCCGGGUGAAAAUUUCUUCUUUCCACUGUAAAUUCAAGUAAUUUGGAUCCUAGGAUCGACCCCCGACUGCACCAGUCUUCCAAAGUGACUGGUAAUACAGUUGCCUACCUCAGUAUUUCCGAUUUUAUUUGCAGAAAAUAGAAGUCCUGAAACUAGAUCUCGCCCCCCUUCGAAUUUGCUCACUCAACCGGCAGUUCCCGGGUCAGCUCUCCGCUUUAGUCAACACUAUAACUGCGGUGCCUCGGCGCAGACAUCAACACCCGGUCGGGAUAAUACAACAUUGGGAGCCAUUCUGGCCUGAGAUCGUGUAUAUAUAAAGCAGGAUGACGAGCCAACCGCAGCCGAGCCCGCUGACCGACCCGCGGAUUCUCGCCAUCAUGGCGUCCCUACAGCAGCCGGACGAGGAGGCACAGGAAGAGAAGCCCACAGGACCUGUACUUCCUCCAACAACGCCUGCGGAGUGGAUGAAGAUGGAGAAACUGGAAGAGUGGCCUUUACGUAUCACCUCGGAGGGACCCCUGCACCUGGAGGAUGAGGAACUGCUGUUCAGUGGGAAGGAGGACAUUGUGGAUGAGCUCAGGAAACAUGCACCUCUGUCCAUGGGCUUGCUGGACCAGUUUGAGCAGAAGUUGGAUGAGUUGGAGAUAAAGUUGGACCAGUACGCACAGCACAUCCUGGACGACGACCACAGACCCUCCCGCCUGGCUGAGGGGCUGUUUCACACACCAUCAGAUGUUUUCCUGACAGAGGUUGUAGAGAAGAACGCAGCUGUUCAGACUCAUCACAGCCGGAGGAGGAAGAAGAAACAGACUCUGGCUGAAGCCAUGCAGGCAUCACGCAGUAAGAGCAUACAGUAUGCGUCCUUUCCUGGCUUCCGUGCUGCGGAGUUGUUAGACCUGCCACAGCAGCUGGAGGCUCCACAGGUCAUGGACAGGGUCACCAAGGCACAGGACUUCAAUCCUGGCUUUAAGAAGUUGUGGAAGAAGUUGUUCCUGUCAGAAGCAUCAGUGGCUGUGAUGCAGGACACCUUCUGGUGGUACUUUCUGGAGAAAUUUGAGAAAAACCGUCCAGAGGACCAGGACCGCCUGUUCAACCGGAUAGCAGACAGCUUUGUGGCCCUAUUCAUGUCUGUACACCCUGACGUCAGGGACAAGUACUUCAAGGUGUAUGCAGACUGUUUGGCCCAGUCGAUCUAUGCUGCCUUUGCCGAAGCCUUCCCCGAGUCCCAGGACAAGUUUGAUGAAAGAUUCAUCAAGGAUCUCAUCAAUAUCAUAUCGGAGUGGAUAUCUGGUACCCGCCCGCCCCCAGAGUCAUGGCGUAAGUGGAACCUGAAGCGCCUGCGACCCAAGAGCCCCACAGCCAUGGCUGAUGACGAACACAGCAAACAGAAGUCCAUGAUGGCCGCUGCAACAUCUCUCACCAAAACAGUGAACUUCAACUUGAACUUUGACAUGUCGGACCUGCGUGACAUCAGUCGGCUGGGCAAAGCUGACCAAGCUCGUGUUGCCACGGGAACAACCGCCACGCAGUCACCGGUCAAGGCCAGGGAGCUGCCUAGCAGGAGCACGAGAGUCGGUACCCAGGGUGGUGUGACUACUGAGUCCCGUAUUGCUACAGUCAGUACACCCAAGCUGCAGCCUAUAGAGUCUCACCAGACAGGCCCAGGUCCCCAGUUUGAACGUGUGACCUUUAACCUCUCCGGGCGGAGUCCACUGGUCUCCCACUACCUGCAGAUGAAGAGUCUGGAGGAGCGGGAAACCAGAGACUUGGUGGGGAGGAGGGUACGCAGGACAGAGGUCAAGAAGCUGCCUCCCCCCGGCCCAACUUACCGAGACGUCAUCAGAGAGUCACUGGAGAUGACCAAGACUCUUCAGGACGAGUACAAGAAGAUCUGUGAGAUCACUGCCCAGGAGAGGAUGAGAAUAGAGAGACAGAGAAGAGAUGCUGUCAAACAGAUAGAGAAGUUAAAACAUGACCUUUCAAAGCAGAGUUGGGAGAUGAAGGUGUUUACUGAAAAGGUUCAUGACAAACGGAAACAGCGGGAGAUGUUCAAGCCAAGGGGGAGAGACCGGGAAUGGAUGGAUGGAGGAGAGACAGAAGAGGAGGAGGAGGAAGAUGAGGAGGAAGGAGAAGAAGAGGAAGGUCCAGCUGAGGGAGAGGUGAAGGAGGAAGAAGAAAAGGAAGAAGAAGAAGAAGAGAAAAGGGUACCAGUAGUGCAGAUCACUGAAGAGGAAGUGAGAAGUGCAAGAGGCUCAGCUCAGUCCAGAAAGUCAGCUGGAUUCUACAGCUGAGACAACAUGACAUUAAGACCUGCAUUUAAUGUCUUUAUUGUUAGUUGAAAGGGCACGCACAGAAACACAAGAAAAGUUUUCUUUUACAAAAUGUGACCAAGGGGUUUUAGCAACCUUGCCCUAUGUAGAAGCUCUGCCUUGAACAGUGCAUGUAGAUGGUGGCUAUACAUAUUUCUGCCCUGCUCAAUUGCUUGUCAAAUAUUUACAGACCAGCUCAGUGUAAAUAUCACAAAACUUUGGAACGGAUACACUUUGUACAGAAUACUCAUAUGUAUUACAUAUUCAGGUUUGUAUGCUGCUGAAUGUGUUCAUUGUCAAUAAUUUGGUUGGAUCAAGUGAAAAUAGUCAAGCAACGUUGCUUUAGAAAUGUACAAAUGUAGAAACUAUUGAUUUUAAGUGUAUUUGGUGAACAAUUUUGCUUGGAAUAGUUAACAGUCAUGUACAUAGAGUAUAAAAAGCUUAAUUCCUAUUGUUUGUGUUAGCAUUAGUUUGUAGAUUUAACGGUGAUAUACCUUGCAAUGUUACUCGAAAGUCAAUAUAUUGUUAGAUAUAAUUCUCCUUCAAGGACAACUGGGGUGUGUUAUUUUGUAUCCAUGGGAUGGAAUUUUUCAUCAAAAAAGUUUCAAUGCACUGGCACAUUCCAGUUAUGCCAUUGCUUUGACUACUUCUUGUUUUUUGCCCGUCUCCUGUUUUCAAAUAUUUUCUGCCUCUCAAGAAAGAAUAGUUACAGCUUGACUGACCUAUAUCUCAGAAGAGCGCUACCACCAUCUCAUAAGAUGAACGGCAUUCCUCGAUCCUUGUGCCUGUAGUUCGCA